UUUAUAAGACUUUAAGCCUCAAAAAGUUCCUACUUAUAAGAGACAACUUCCACCACUCCCACAUUCACUCUCUCCACUCCCACAAAAUGGAGCAAGAGCAAGACCUCUUUCAAGUCUCACUCUCCACUACCUCCUCCUCCGCCGCUCCACAAACGGGCCGAAGGCCCAUAUGCGAGAACUGCACAAGGCCCAAUCCAGUUUGCAUCUGCCACAAACUUCCAGCCCAGCCCAUUGAAAUAACAACCCAAAUCAUAAUCCUCCACCACCCACACGAGGCCCAACACAAGCUCUCCACCACACCAAUCCUCACCAAAUGCUUAACCAACACAACAGCCCUCGUCGGCCGCCGUCUCCGCCGCGGCAACUCACCGCUCCUCGACCAAUCGCCACCUUCCGCCAUCUACCUCUUCCCCUCGACCCAAACCUCGCCCGCCGUCAACUUAUCCCAACUGAGGGACAAGGACACCCCUAAGGUCCUGAUCGUGUUCGACGCCACGUGGAAGCACGCCAAGGAGAUGGUCAGUGCCAGCGAAGGGUAUUUGGGUAAAUUUGCGAAGAGGGUUUGCUUGGAUUUCGAUGAGAAUGAGAUUGGUGGGAGUAUUUACGAUUCUGAUCUGAUUCUGAGGAAGGAGCCGUUUGGUGGGUGUGUGAGUACCAUGGAAGCUGUGGCCAGGACUCUCAGGGUUCUUGAGCCCAAUGGGCCUGAGAUUGAAGCUGGGCUUAUUGGGGUUUUGAGGGAAAUGGUUAGAUUACAGGCUAGUUUUCUUAAGCCCAUGAAGCCCAGGCCCAAGUUGUUGAAGAAACAAAAGAAGAAAAAAGUAGAGAACGAGUGUGGAAGUUAGUCAAUUUUUUUUUUAUUUUUCACUCCUUGGAUUACUAUGUCACUUAAAUUAUAGUGAGCAACAAUAAAAUUCAUUUUUCAAAUAAUAUUGUUUUUUUGAUGACCAAAUUUGAGAUGUAAAAUUUUUCCAAUUUACAAAUAAAUAGUUAUAUCUAUAUACACUAA